GAUUGUUGUCCAUUUCUGGGCCUGAUUCCAGUGAAUACUAGAAGUUGCUAGAUUCUUGAACAACAGACCUAACACCUGACUUGCGAGGUAGCCUAACCUCGAAUAUACACAUGUAUACCUGAUACAUAUAGGACUAAACGAAAGUUUUGUGUUAUUUCAUUGCAACGAAGAAGUUGGUACAAAAUUUUGCGUCAACACAUUCAGAGCGAAUAACCUGAGCAUAACAAAUUGUCAAUCACGUCAUUACGUCAAAUUUUUUGGAGAAUUCAUUAUCAUUGAAAUAUUUUAGUCUGUUAAGGUAUUGUUAGCGAAAUUUCGUCCCGCGUAUGAAAAUAAAGUAUUACAAGCAAACUCAUCAAUCAUUUCGACACAUCGCAUAAUCUGCUGAGUAAUUUAAUAUCAAUUGUAGAAAAAUUUACAUCGUAUCCCAUUAGAUGACGGGAGUAUUUUCUGUCCAAUCAUUCAGUUAUCUGAAUCACAUUACGACAGCUGAGAGGUGAUAACGUAGCUUUUUACAACAGCGAGAAACUGCGAUUACGAAAAUUCCAUGUAUUUUGAUGCUCUCAAGAUAUUUAACCUAAAAAUUCUCCAUGGCAAGUUGGAAAAAAAAACGGCGCCUGGAAAGUGAUCCGGAAGUCAUAGUCAGUACGUCUCGACUAGUAACAGAUAAAGACAUGUUUUGCUGGGGUAGUACUGUUCAUGGCGAACUUGGCCUUGGAGGUAUAGAAGAUGAGAAUAUUCUUGUUCCUCGCGAAUUGGAAUUCAAAAAGUCUACCCAAGUAGAGCAUAUUGCCUGUGGUGAAAACUACACUGUUGUUAUAACUAGAGAUGGUCAGCUCUAUUCGUGCGGUAACAACGAUCAUGGACAACUUGGUCACGAAAAACCGAGGAAAAGGUUACAUCUCAUACCAGGUCUGGAUGCAUUUAUAUUCAAAAGAGCUGCCUGCGGUGCAAGUCACACAAUGGCUGUCAACGAGUGGGGCCAACUUUUUAGUUGGGGUUCGAAUGCUGAUGGCCAGCUAGGAUUGAAUUUGAACAAUUUCGAUGAACACACUCCACGGAUGGUGAAAACGUUAGGCACAAGUGUUGUUGUGCAAAUAGCUUGUGGACUGAAGCACACACUUGCGCUAACAAACAAUGGAGAACUAUAUGCUUGGGGAUGCAAUGAAGAAGGACAGCUUGGUAUUGGUGGCGAGUCGAUUAAAGAAUUGAAACCAAAGCUGGUGACCAGCUUAGCUUCUGUUCCUAUGUCUCAUAUUGCGUGUGGCGGCCACCACAGCAUUGCAGUCUCAAAAUCUGGUGCUGUUUUUGGUUGGGGCAGAAAUACAUAUGGUCAAUUAGGAUUAAAUGACACUCGUGGUCGCGGUUUACCUUGUCAACUAAGAACGCUUCGUAAUAUCAAAGUACGCUACGUCAGCUGUGGAGAGGACUUUUCUAUAUUUUUAACAAUGGAUGGUGGAGUUUUUUCUUGCGGUGCAGGCAUGUACGGACAGUUAGGCCAUGGUAAUAAUAAUAAUGACAUUUUACCCCGCCAAGUCAUGGAACUUAUGGGCAGUACAGUUACACAGGUGUCCUGCGGACGCCGGCACACACUUGCUCUCGUUCCAUCCAGAGGUCGCGUUUAUGCUUGGGGUCUUGGUGGAGCUGGACAAUUGGGCGCUCGAGUUUCCCAAAGUGUUACCACUCCACAGGUGGUACUUGGCCCUUGGGUUUCUCCUAACGGAGCCACCAUGGUUCAACCUGAUAUCCCAGCUACUCCACAUUCUGUGGAUUGUAUUGUUCGACAUGUUUUUACUGGCGGUGAUCAUUGCUUUGCCACUGUAACUCAUAGAAAGGAUAACAUUCAACCAGAUGACUGCAGAAUAUUACCACCAUCAACACAAGUACUCACAGUUACUGAGGAACAAUUGGGAGCUUGCCAAAGAGUGCCGAAAGAUGCUUCUGUCGAUCAUGACCUUCUCACAUAUCUAGAGACUGUAUUCAGUAGUCAGGCAUGUCUAAAUGCAUCAUUCUUGCUCGAUGACGAUGCUCAUUAUGGCUGUUCAAGCAAACAUCACGGUGUGGAUCUUGAUAAUGCAACAAAAUUAUUUACAACCAUUGCUGAUCUAGACAACAAUACUAUCAAAGAACUGAUCUCUACAUGUUUGACGGAAAGUCUGAUACCAACCCUAAUGCCAUCACCCCCUGAUGUUGAAUCAUUACGAAUAUAUUUGGCGCUGCCUCUCUACCGUGGGUUUGACGAUCCUAAACUUUGUAAUAGCUUACACAAACCGUUCUCUAGAGCAGUCUUACAGCUAAAACCUGAGGCCUUAAAAGUUAUAAGCUUAUGGUGGAGUCAGGCACCCAAGGAUUACUUUGAAAGAUUAGUUCGGAGUUAUAAAUCUGUCAUUUCACACUUCUUAGAGCAGCCAAAAGUUGCGGAAAACAAGAGCGUGGUAUGGGAUGCAACACUUCAGCUUGCCUUGGACUUUUUGAGAUUACUGAACAAACUAAAUCACGCAACAUCUAAUGGCUUACGAGUACCGUACACAUCGUUUCAUUUACCAGAGCUAUCUGAGUGCAUCGACGUUAGAGCUGAUUAUGUGAAAUGGCUCACUGAAAAAGACCCGUAUGCAUACCAUAAAAUAUUUUUCUGCAACUAUCCAUUUCUGUUCGAUGCUCAAGCUAAGACAAUGUUACUAGAAACAGAUCAAGCAAUACAGAUGCGAUCAGCAAUGAAUGAAGCAGCGACUAGAGCAAUAACUCAAAUGUUAUUUGCACCUUUUCCUGCUGGGAAUAUUAGUGCAUAUGUGACAUUGAAUGUAUCUCGCGAAAAUUUAGUCGCUGAUGCACUGAGAGAAUUGUCUCAAUAUGACUCAAGUGAUCUUAAAAAGCCCCUCAAGGUGAAAUUUCAUAACGAAGAAGCCGAAGAUGCGGGCGGUGUUAAAAAAGAGUUUUUCAUGCUUCUACUCAGAGAAAUUUUAGAUCCAAAAUAUGGUAUGUUCAAACAAUACGAGGAAACGAGAACUAUUUGGUUUAGUGAAGAUUCCCUCGAGGAUGAAGUGAUGUACUUUUUGAUUGGCCUUCUCUGUGGGCUGGUCAUUUACAAUUUUAUCAUCAUCGAUUUACCAUUUCCACUCGCUUUGUACAAAAAGUUGUUAAAAGAACCUGUUGGGCUUGCCGAUGUCAAAGAUAUGUCUCCUGUCCUGGCUAAGAGUUUACAAGAUGUCCUGGAUUACAAUGAACCAGAUUUAGAAGAGGUAUUUUGUUUGCAUUUUGAAGUGACGAGAGAAGUGUUUGGUGAACAAAGAAUUUAUGAACUAAUUACGAAUGGUAGUAAAGUUCCUGUUACAUUAGAAAACAAGCAAGAGUUUGUCAAUUUGUAUGUAGACUACCUGUUGAACAAAUCAGUAGAUUCGCAUUUCCAAGCAUUUUAUCAAGGGUUUCACAAAGUGUGCGGCGGACGUGUUCUAGAAUUAUUCCACAGCCACGAAUUAAUGGCCGUCGUUGUUGGUAAUGAAAAUUACGAUUGGGACGAAUUGGAAAAAAAUGCAGUUUACAAAAAUGGCUACACUAAGGAUGAUCCUACAAUUGAAAUGUUCUGGAAAGUCUUUCACGAGCUUUCUUUAGAAGAGAAAAAGAAAUUCCUAUUAUUUUUAACGGGCAGUGACAGGAUACCCAUACAAGGCAUGAAAGCUAUCAAAAUAACAAUUCAGCCGAUGUCAGAUGACCGAUUUUUACCAGUAGCCCAUACGUGUUUUGAUCUGUUAGAUUUACCUCGAUACCAAACGCGAGAAAGAUUACGUUACAAACUUCUCCAGGCUAUCCAGCAGACCCAGGGAUUCUCAUUGGUCUAGAACUCCAUGUAACAGUUGUGACUAACGGUAACGAACAUCUACAGAUAUAGUCAUGAUGGUCGUUAGCUUGCAGAAAUUUGAGUCGUUAACAAUUGAAAAAUUACGUUUCUGAGAGAAAGAUGCGGGCAGAGCUUGUAAGUCGUUUUGUAGCUAUUAUUGAUUGCGGUUUUACGUCAAAGGUUGUCUGGUACUCGCUUAUAAGCAUAUAUGCAUAAAGGAAUUUUGUCAAAUUUCUGCAGCAAAAUAUUUCAAAUAAAACAGCCUUAACUCGGGAGUUGAUUUUUCAGUAACAGGAUCGAUCAAUAUACAAUGAAAGUAAAUGGUCACAUCGAUUCCUUUUUUCAAUCCGAAUUUGUUCCUUCGUAGUACCUGAGUCUUUCAGACAGUUAUUGUUAAUCAGAAAUCGUAUUUACACAGCACGAAAAUGAUCUUUUCGCUGUUCGAGUUAUGCAGAAUAAAAAUAAAAAGUAAAUAAAAUAAAACAAACGAAAUUCAAAAAAAGUGGCUGCGCUAUCGAAAUUAUAACUAUUCGUCUGUAAAGUUUGUUUUCUUCACAUCUUCAUAUGUUUUAAUAAGGCCGAAUUACUGUCGAACAUAUACCUAGGUGAUGGCCUGGAGAAUAUCCAUCAGUAACUAACAUUACACAUUCAAAUUAGAUGGUAAUACUGCAAUGCCGUUAUUACUCGUAUUGCCUACUUCUAGCCUCUCUUUGAAGCAACGAUUUUAUGCUUCUCGAAGACUUAUUUAUAUUGAGAGAUUAUUUGGUAUCCAUCAUUACCUCAUAAAAACUCGUGAUGUGUAUUCAUCAACACAGAUUUCAUGUUACAAUCACGAGGUAGUAAUAGUAACAAUUUCUAUUUUUCUAUAAAACGAUAAUAUUGGUGGUUUAUCAUGAUUUUCAGCUUAAUAUUACUAAAUAUAUUUAUUUUUAGAGCAAUUUUAUAUUUGAUAAAAACAUGUUAAAAGGGUAUACAGAUUUAAAUACUCCCUGUACAGCCGUUUGUCCACUGACUUGUGUGUUU